GUGGUGUGGCUCCUGGUGCUGCUAAGCAACGCGGUCUAGUAGGUAGGGGCUAUAAAGAGGGAGUGGCGGACUGGGCAGUACUAGAGAGAGAGACUCCGAACACAGACUGCACGGCAGCACUCGGAGUAACGUGAUUACCGCUUUAUUAGCCCGCUAGAGAGGCAGACCUAGAUGCUACGGGAGGGAUAAUUCUGUGAAGGGAGAGAGAGAGGGACACAGACAACUGUGAAAGCUCACAUCACUGCUGUUCCGCCGAGGAGAUGCGCGAGAAGCCAGUUGGUUUUCUGGGCACUGGUGUGCGUAAAGAAGUUACGCAUUGGCCGUUGCUAAUCUGAGAACUUGUGACCCGGUACAAUCAUUUAGGUGAAGUGAUAUCCUCGCACCAGUCCAGAACCUCAUGGACUCUCCGACUCCCAAGAAAUGGAGCGAAAGAUCCACGAAUACCACUGACACGCCCCUUCAAACCACCUGCUGCAGCGGAGCUAAGCCAGUCUUGUAGUGGACGACCCACUUUCACCUCACGUGAUCUCCAGGGACCAAUAUAGGUGCAGUAGAUUCUCCAAUGGAGAUCGUUAAUACGACCAACGAGACUCUCUCCCUUUGGAGCCCCCCCUACCCUCUCCAGAUCUCCCUCCCCCUCACCAUUCUGGUGGGAAUACUCAUCCUGUUAACAGUGUUUGGCAACAUCUUAGUGGUCAUUGCCGUGUUUACCAGCCGGGCUCUCAAGGCCCCUCAGAACUUGUUCCUGGUGUCUCUGGCGUCGGCGGACAUUUUGGUCGCCACGCUGGUGAUGCCCUUCUCGCUGGCCAACGAGCUGAUGGGCUUCUGGUACUUUGGAAAAGAGUGGUGCGAGAUUUACCUGGCGUUAGACGUCCUCUUCUGCACCGCCUCCAUCGCCCACCUGUGCGCCAUCAGCCUGGACCGCUAUUGGUCCAUCACGCAGGCCAUCGAGUAUAACCUGAAGCGGACGCCACGUCGGAUCAAGUGCAUCAUCUUCAUCGUGUGGGUCAUCGCCGCGGUCAUCUCCUUCCCGCCACUCAUCACCAUGCAGAAGGAGAGCUACAUGGAGCAGGCGCUGGUGUGCAAGAUCAACGAGGACAAGUGGUACAUCAUUUCCUCCUGCAUCGGAUCUUUCUUCCUCCCCUGCGUCAUCAUGGUGCUCGUUUACAUCCGGAUCUACCAGAUCGCCAAGAAGAGGACGCGGCCGCCGCCGGGAGACCGGAAGAAGAACGAGAAGAUAGGGGCGGUCGUCGUGGCCACCGACAGGAAGGAGAACGGCGUCGCCGGCGCCGAAGGAGGAGUCGGCGACGGGAACUGCCACGAGAAGCUCAACGGAGAACAGGAAGUGGACAUGGAGGGAGAGGAAGGAGGAGCAGGGGAGAAAGGGGAGAAAGGGGAGAAGGGAGAGGCGAACGGCGUGGACAUGGAGGAGUCCUCGUCCUCCGACCACAAGAUGAGCAACCCUUGUUCCAUCAAGAAGAAGAGGACCAAGGGAAAGACCAAGCUGAGCCAGAUCAAACCGGGGGAGGGUCUUCCCAAACACUCCCAGAGCACCAAGGGGAGCCGCUGGAAGGGGAGGCAGAACCGGGAGAAGCGCUUCACCUUCGUCCUGGCCGUGGUCAUCGGAGUGUUCGUCGUCUGCUGGUUCCCGUUCUUCUUCACCUACACGCUCAUGGCCCUCUGCUCUGAGUCCUGCUCCGUCCCCAACACCCUGUUCAAGUUCUUCUUCUGGUUUGGCUAUUGCAACAGUGCCUUGAACCCCAUCAUCUACACCAUCUUCAACAAUGACUUCAGGAGGUCUUUCAAGAAGAUUCUCUGCAAGCGCGAAAACAGAAGAUGGGUAUGAGGGGGCCAGCCAUUCUAUUCAUGCUACGUAAUACCAUGUCGUACAACUUUAAGUAUGUAUAUAUAUAUAUAUAAGUUGUUUAUAGUGCUUUGUGCAUGGAUCUGUGGUGUAUCAGUUGCGUUCCUGUGAAGACAUCUAAAUGUAAUCGCGCUGCUAUGGCUAAUCUGGGCUUCUUUCAGAAAGAAUGGCAGUCCAUGCAGCCAGUCACCAAAUCACCCUUUUUUCCAAGAGGCUGGCUCACAUACCAUAGCUUGAACACAAAACAACUUUAAAAGGCCCACUUUACAAAGCCACAUUCCACUUUUGUGAUUUUAUGUAGUUAAACUCAUGUAUGAAUCUCAGUGGAGACUUUAAUGUGGGUGAGAUUUGUGGUAUAUGUCGUUCCUUAUGAGGUUAUAUAUGUAAUAUAUUGCAGUCUUUGAAUAUGUGUCUAUAUUUUCAUUGUUCAUCGAUAAUGUGCCAUUUUAUAUAAUAUCAAGAGGUUUGAGGGGAAAGGACUGGAGUUUUGUACAGAAUAAACAUCUCCCUU